UUAGUCAAAUGAAUACAAUUCUAAAAUGGCGAUCGUAUCUUUAUUUGCAACGUUAUUCGUGCUUUUGUAUGGAAGCCCGUUUUAGCCCCCGAAUAAAAUCUUUCCAUAGGGUAGCUAAUUACUCUCUAUUAGAAAAACUACAAACAUGGUAGAUGAAGCUUUCAAUGUGUUGGAAAUUAAAGAAGUUUCGUUUAGCCCGAAAUCAGCGUUUGCUGUUUAACUUGACUUGUUUACUUUCAGUUUAACAUGAGUGUGUUCUUCAGGAGUCUGAUCAUCUUGUGCAUCAGCUGUCAUCAUGUUGUGUUUUUGGGGAGCGCAGGUCAGAGAGGGUUUGGGGCUGGUGAAGCCCGACCAGGUCAAACACGGAAAAUGUGGAAUACGAUCUGUGUGUCCGAAAACAAAUCUUCAGGACAUGUCAGCCGGAAAGAGUCUUGCAGGAUUUAUCCUGGAUGGGAAGGUCUCGGUCCUGAGAUUGCGCAGCGAAUAUCGUAAUCAGGAUGGAAAACUAAUGCAACUUCAGCUAAAGAAUCACAAAGUCAGACUGAUUGUCUGUGGAGGAGAUGGUGCGGUGCUUCUUUCUCAUUCAGGAAAUGUUCUCAUUAUGGACAAAGCUACUGUGUGCAAGCCUCUCAAAGGUCUGGAUCACAGGCAGGUGAUUCAGAUCGCUUGUGGAGACCAUCAUUCAAUGGCACUAACCAGCGAGGGUCAGGUGUUUGUAUGGGGUAAGAACUCUCACGGUCAGCUGGGUUUGAGGGAAGAUCAUCCCGACUCUUCGUCUGCUGAACAUGUUCAGAGUCUGAGUGGGAUCCCGCUGGCUCAGAUCAGCGCUGGAGGAGACCACAGCUUUGUGUUGUCUCUCUCUGGAGUCGUGUUUGGAUGGGGAAAGAACUCUGCUGGACAGCUGGGCCUCGGAGACACUACAGACAGACACGUCCCAACAGUUGUAAAUAGUCUGAACCAGAAGAAAACUGUGUCCAUCUCAUGUGGAGGGGAACACACUGCCACUUUAUCAAAGGGCGGCACAGUGUUCACGUUUGGGUCGGGAGGUUCUGGUCAGCUCGGACACAACUCAUUUAGAGAUGAACAUCAUCCGCGGGUGGUUGCUGAACUCUGGGGGUCUGAAGUGUCACAGGUCACAUGUGGAAGACAUCACACACUCGUAUCAGUCACAUCGUCAAAGCUGAUCUACUCAUUUGGAUGUGGGACGCAAGGGCAGCUGGGAAACGGAGAAUUGAUCAAGCAGUCUCUGCCUUUCCCCGUGGAUCUGCCAACUGAAUGUAAUCAUGAAUAUACGAUUGAAAAAAUCAUCGCUGGGGAGAAUCAUUCCUUUGCCUUGUUUUUCAAAGAACUUGAAAGUAAGGCCAAAUCCAAUCCAAACAGAGGGGUUUUGACAUUAAAUGACAGAAUGAUUGAUCGCUGGCUGUCUGGAGCUGAUUCAUGGUCAAUAAUAAAACAGGAAAUAAACACAGUGUUCUCCUCUGCUGCCUGUCUCAAUGGAAGUUUUCUCAAAACAAGUUGUGAUGAUCAUUAUCAGACAUCUGAAGAGCAUUGUGGUUUGGAUUUUUAUCUGGUUGAAACAUCCUUUGCAAAGUUAUCAGAGAAUAAAAGUUUAAUAUCGGAGAUAGUGAAGGUGGUUCAGCAGACACUGCUAUCAUCUCUCAAUCCAGAGAAUAAAACUGGUGUGGAAUCACUGAGAGUUUAUCUUCUCCUCCCUGAACUCAUCAGACGUGUCAAGAAGCAAAAAACUGAUCUUUCUGAAGCUCUGGCCUCCAAAAUCCUUCAACUGGGUCCUGAUGCUCACAAGGUGUUAGAGAAGUACUGGUCUAAACUCCCUGAUGAUUGGCUCAAAGGCCUGGUGAAGUUAUUUCGCAAACCAUCUGCUGAGCUGAUUGUUCAGAUUUCUUAUGGUAAAAAGGGCUAUAACCUAACUAAACGCCUGAAGAAGCUUUUGAAGGUCCUUCAGAUGAUCUCUCAGGUCUGCUGCAGUGCAAACAGAGACAUCCCAAACAGGGAUUUCAUCAUCCAUGAGAUCAGUGAUCUAUUAGAUACACUGCGGGCAACCUUGCAGGAUCCGCUAUUGCAGUUAUUGUGGAUAUUGCAGUUAUUGCGGUCACCUAUUCCCGAUGAGUGUAAGGACAUGCUAAAACUGAAAGAUUACUACUUGGGAACUAUUAGCAUAUUGGCCAUGUUCCCUUUUGUGGCUGACACUGUAUCUAAACGGAGAAUGUUUCAUUACUUGCAGUGCCAACUCUACAAACCGAGGACCAACUGCAAUGUGUUGCACAUAAACAGGGAAUCAGUGUGGUUGGACACAUUUGCGUAUCUCAGACAAAAAAAACAUGCAUUUUGUAAUCCUUUGCAGGUUACGUUCAUUGGAGAAAAUGGAAUAGAUAUGAGGGGUUUAUCUGCAGAAUUCUUCUCCCUACUUUCCCAGUCUCUUCUGAAAUGGGAGAAGAACGUACUUGACGUCCAUGAGAGUUCACUGGUUUGGUUCAAUCCUGACGGCAUGCAAGCUAAUAGAGAUUUUUACUAUCUUGGUGUUAUCUGUGGAAUGGCACUUUACAACCAUCAUUAUAUAAACAUUGGCUUCCCACUGGCCUUGUUCAAGAAACUCCUCCAGCAGAGUCCCACUCUGAAUGAUCUGGAGGAACUGUCUCCUGUGGAGGCCAGAUGUCUGAAAAGCCUUCUUGAGGAGGACGAGGACGAAGUAGUGGAUAUGCUCUUUUUGGAUUUCACGGUCAAAGGAAGAAAGCUCAUUCCAAACGGAGAUCAAAUUCAAGUGACCAAAGUUAAUAGACAGAAUUAUGUGGAUUUGUAUGUCGACUUCAUUUUCAACAAAUCUGUGAAGAAACCGUUCAAACAUUUCUCAAGAGGUUUCUCUAAGGGCUGUCCGCUCGAUGUCUGGAGCAUGUUCCACCCUGAGGAACUCCAGCAGCUUCUCCAAGGCUCUCCUAAAUAUGAGUGGAAUGAGCUUCAGCAGUGUGCUUCCUAUGAAAACUGUUCUGCCUCUGACGAGCUCAUCAAGAACUUCUGGGCUGUUUUCUUUGAGCUCUCUGAAGAGAACAAGAAAAGGUUUCUGAUCUUCUUGUAUGGGACGGACCGUGUACCUGUGGGAGGUUUCUCAAAGCGCUCUCUGAAGAUUUUACUCUCAGACUGUCCUGAUGCAGAAGACCGACUGCCAGAGGCCCAGACCUGCUUUGGAAGAUUAAUUCUUCCCAAAUACAGCGAUAUCAACACAAUCCGUGACAAGCUGAUACACGCAAUCAACUUUUGUGAGGUUUUUGGACGAGGGUGAACUUCCCUUGAGGUUCCAACCCCAAAAUAUAGGCUAUAGAGUCGUUUGCCACACACAUCACUCUAGCUGGGAGCAAAACAUUUUGUUUAAUGUUGUCACGUUAUUCAUAUAUAUAUAUAUAUAUAUAUAUAUAUAUAUAUAUAUAUAUAUAUAUAUAUAUAUACAUAGCACAUUAAAAAAGGGUGUGAUCUCAUCAUAUGUUCCAUUAUUUGGUGUUUAAAUAAAAAUAUAUUCAAUUUCUUA